AUGCUCACACUACUUGAUGCAUUACCCAAUCUUCCCCUCGAUGCUCUACAGGCAUGGCUACCAAUAUCAGCCGAUCUUUUGAAUUCCAUCGAAGAUAAUUACAUGAGAGAACGAUGCAAAGUAAGGUUCUGGGAAAUCUUGGAGAGUGGAGAGAUGGACGUUGAGAGGAGCGCUUUAUGUGUUGGAUGGUGGAGUACACGGGGUGGUAGAGACCAGAUACUAUUUGGGAGGGAAACUCAAGAUGUUGGGCCAUACAUGAGUGGGGGAUUGGGAGAAAUUAGAAGUAGACUGUGA